AUGCAUCCGGAGCCUGGGCGCCCACAGGCACUGCUCCUCCUCACUGCCGUGGGCAUCCUCACUGCCACCACCGCAGAUCUAACUCCCCGCUUCACCUCCGAGCCCUCCUCCACCAUCCGGAGGCCUGGGGGCUCGGUUCAGCUGCACUGUGCUGCUGAGCCCUCUGCGGUUCGCCUCUCCUGGCUGCUGGAUGGGCAGCCCCUGGAGAGCAGAGCAGGAGAAGUGGAGAUCCAGGCUGGCUCCCUGAGCAUCGCCGCCCUGGGCCGUGCCACGGCCGGGCACUACCAGUGCGUGGCAGCUGGUGGCGCGGGGGCCGUGCGCAGCCGCCCGGCGCUGGUGUCCAUGGCCAGCUUAGGUGACUUCGAGCCGGGGGUGCCACCGGCUGCCGUGGCAGCAGAGGAGGGAGGGACAGCUCUGCUGGGCUGCAAGGUGCCAGAAAGUCACCCAGAGGCCCAGGUGCGCUUUCAGGUGAAGGGAAGGUGGCUGGAGCAAUCCACAGGCAAUUACCUGAUCCUUCCAUCUGGGAACCUGCAGAUCUUGAAUGUCUCUUUAGAAGACAAAGGCUCCUACAGAUGUGCAGCCUACAACCCACUUACCGGAGAGCUGCGGAUAGAGCCUGGGGGGCACAGGCUGGGAGUGAGCAGCUCUUCCUCAAGUGGCUUCCACAUCCUUCACCCCCUGUCACCCCAGAGCCUGGCGGUGCCUUGUCACAGCCCCCUGACCCUGGAGUGUGUGGUCAGUGGCUCUCCUCCGGCCUCCGUCCGCUGGCUGAAGGACGGCCGCGACGCGCUCCGGAGAGGCAGCUGGAGGCUGCUCCACUCCCACCUGGUGACAGACAGGCUGGAGGUGUCUGAUGCUGGGAACUACUCCUGCGUGGUGGGGAAUGGCUCUGGAGUGGUGGAGCACAGGAACUACUCCCUGACAGUACUUGAGCCUCCCUCCAUCUCCAAGGGGCUGCAGGAUGAGGUGGUGGCCGCUGGAGGAUCCGUGCAUUUCUGGUGUGAGGUCCGCGGCAGCCCUGCCCCCAGCCUGUCCUGGCUGCACAACGCAGCUCCCCUGCGGCUGUCCCCGCGGCACCUGCUGGCCGGCAGCCACCUGCAGAUCCGCAGCGUCAGGCGGGAGGACGCCGGCGUGUACCAGUGCAUGGCUCACAACAGCCUGGGCUCCGUGCAGGCCACUGGCAGCCUCCGUGUCCAGACAGCUCCCUCAGGAACCAGCCUUGCAGCAGCAGAGGAGGCCCCGGCCGAGGCCGCGCCGAGCGGCGGAGAUUUGGGUGCAGCAGCAGUGACGGAAAAGGCCUCGGAGGGAGCUGCCCCCCCCGAAGCCCCAAUCAUCCUCAGCCCCCCCCAGACCCCCAAGGCAGAUGCAUACACCCUGGUGUGGCGGCCAGGGCGCGCCGGGGGCCUGCCCAUCAAUGCCUACUUCGUGAAGUACCGCAAGCUGGAGGACGGUGUGGGCACGGCGGGCGGCUGGCACACCGUGAGGGUGCCUGGCAGCGAGCACCAGCUGCGGCUGACCGAGCUGGAGCCCUCCAGCCUCUACGAGGUGCUGAUGGUGGCCAGGAGCGCGGCGGGGGAGGGGCAGGCUGCAAUGCUGACCUUCCGCACCAGCAGAGAGAGAACAUCAUCCUCCAAGAACACCCAGGCCCCCUCCCCACCCGUGGGGCUCCCCAAACCCCCUGUCCUGCAGGAGGGGACAAACAGCUUCGGUGUCAUCCUGCCUGACCUCUCUCGCCACAGCGGAGUGCCAGAAGCUCCUGACCGCCCUACCAUCUCCACAGCCUCCGAGUCCUCAGUCUAUGUCACCUGGAUCCCCCGAGCCAACGGGGGCUCCCCCAUCACUGCCUUCAAGGUGGAGUACAAGCGGCUGGGCCGCAGCAGCGAGUGGCUGGUGGCAGCUGAGCACAUCUCCCCCGCCAAGCUCUCCGUCGAGGUUCGCAACUUGGAGCCAGGGGAGCUGUACCGGUUCCGGGUGAUCGCCAUCAACACCUACGGGGAGAGCCCUCGCAGCGCCGCCUCCCGCCCCUACCAGGUCUCCGGCUCCAGCGGCCGCUUCUCCAGCCGGCCUGUGGCGGGGCCCCACAUCGCCUACACCGAGGCCAUCAGCGACACCCAGAUCAUGCUCAAGUGGACGUACAUCACCUCCAGCAACAACAACACUCCCAUCCAGGGCUUCUACAUCUACUACCGCCCCACUGACAGCGACAACGACAGCGACUACAAGAGGGACGUGGUGGAAGGCACCAAGCAGUGGCACCUGAUCAACCACCUGCAGCCAGAAACCUCCUAUGACAUCAAAAUGCAGUGCUACAACGAGGGGGGAGAGAGCGAGUACAGCAACGUCAUGAUCUGUGAGACCAAAGUCAAACGCCCCCCGGGGGGCUCCGAGUACCCCCUGAAGGAGCUGAGCACCCCCCCAAGCGCCCCCGAGCGGGCAGGGGGCGGCGCGGCCGGCGGCGCGGGGCGCAGCGGGGACAUGCUCUACCUGAUCGUGGGCUGCGUGCUGGGGGUCAUGGUGCUCAUCCUCAUCGCCUUCAUCGCCAUGUGCCUGUGGAAGAACCGCCAGCAGGGCGCCAUGCAGAAGUAUGACCCUCCUGGCUACCUCUACCAAGGGGCAGAGCUGAGCGGGCAGCUGAUAGAGUACAGCACCCUGCCUGGCACCAGCCUGGUCAAUGGCAGCAUCCAUGGCAGCUUCCUGACCAACGGUGUCCUCAGCAACAGCUGCCCACAUGCCCACCACAAAGCUGGCAACGGAGUGAACGGGCUGGGGCACAGCAGCUCCCUGCCCAGCACACACCUGGACUAUGAACACCCUCAUCACCUGGUGAAGGGGGGUGGGAUGUACACAGCAGUGCCUCAGGCUGACCCCUCGGAGUGCCUCAGCUGCCGGAACUGCCACAACAACAACAACAUGAGGUGUUUCAGCAAAGCCAACAGCACCUUCAGCAGCACUGCCCUGCCCCUCCUGCCCAUUGCAGCACCUUACCAGCAGGAUGGCCUGGAGAUGAAGCCUCUCAAUCACCACCUCAUGGUGGCCAUGUGCUUGGCCUCCACCGUCCCAGAGUGCAGCACCAAGCUGGAGGAGGACAGCAAGGAGAAGGCAGAGCAGCCCCAGGGCCAGCAGCCCUGCUGCAGGGAGGGCAGGGAGCAGCACUGUGAGGAGUACAGAGAUGGUGAUCCCUGCAUGCACUCAGAAACCUCCAACCACAUUCUGAGCUGGAGCCCUCUCCUUCUGCAGCCUGUCCCCAAGGACUGUAGGGAACAGCCAGGCUGGAGCUCACCUGGAGUCACCUUCACAGGCUCUGGGGACCUUCGGCAGCUGCAGCUGCAAGAAACCUGAGGGAGGGUCCCCAGGAUCCCCCUGUGAGCAGCAGGGACUGCAGAGCUGCUGCCAUGGAGUG